CCCUUGGUAGUAUUUUUACAGCUAUGGCGUGACAAGUUGGGAUUAAAGUCCAAACUUUCUUUUGUGAAUAUGGAAAAAUGCAAUAUUUAUCGCCUUCUUUAUCUGUAUAAUAAUAAACUAUAAUGAUUUAUAUUGAGUCAAGGCUGGUUUUUUCGGAUGUUACCUUUGAACGUCCAUUAUUCUGUGGCUAUAUAUAAAUUUAUGAUGACCAGUAGCUUUGUAGAGAAAGUUUAUAACUAGUACAACUGCAGAAUACCGUUUAAAAUAGAUAGGAGAGUAAUAUAAAGAGUUGUGUAUCAUAUGAAAAUUAUAUGAAAGCUGAAUUUUACUCGAGAGAAUCAUGUUUCCUGCCAAACUUCCGGAUAAUUUCGACGGUUAUGAUCUUGACGCCUUCUGUAUUCCUCAACAUUAUCAGAAUAGUCUGUCUUCCGUUCUCAUACCCUGUGGUCUCAUACAAGAUCGUAUCGAACGAUUAGCUCGAGACAUAGCGGUCGAUAUCAAAGGAGAACCCUUCACGGCAUUGUGCGUUUUGAAAGGGGGAUACAAAUUCUUUGCUGACCUCAUGGACAAAAUCAAGCAGUAUGUUAGAUAUAUGGAAUGCAAGACUGUUCCGAUAUCGGUUGAUUUUAUUAGAUUGAAAAGUUAUCAGAACGAUUCUUCGACGGGUGAAAUUUCGGUGAUUGGAUUAGAAAGUUUAGAAAGUUUAAGAGGAAAGAAUAUUUUAGUUGUGGAAGAUAUCGUAGAUACGGGACAAACUAUGAAAAAAGUCAUUAGUUUAAUGAAUAGUUUCAAACCGAAGACAGUUAAAGUAGUAAGUUUGUUGAUAAAAAGGACACCGCUAAGUAGUGGCUUUCAGCCAGACUAUGUUGGCUUUGAAAUACCAGAUAAAUUUAUUGUCGGCUAUGCCUUAGAUUACAAUGAAUAUUUCAGAGAUCUUAAUCAUAUAUGCGUUAUUAAUGAACAAGGUAAACAACAAUUUAGACAAAAGAAUCCGUCGUAGAAGAGAAACCACGAUCUUCAUCAAUUCUUCCGGUAUUUAAAAAAUACUCUUUACUAUUUGAAACUAUGCAAAAGUUUAAUUCUUGUCACCUUUAGAGUUUCUUAAAUAAGACUAAUUAUGUAAAGGAAUCUUACGAAGAAAUCUCGAGUAUAACGUUACAAGUAAGUACAAGGUGUAAAUACUUGUCUCUUUUUCCGAACGUAGUCGUUAUAUCGAGUGGUACAUCGUUUAUUUGUAUUUGUUCUUAUCAAACUGUCGUACAUUGUCACAGAUCGUGUAUUUUGUAAAAUUCUAAUUUAAAUCAAAGAAUUAAUUUCAUAAAAUAUGUAAAUGUGAUACUUACUUACAAAUGGCUAAGAAUUCUAAGGAUUUUCUAAAAUAAAAAUAUUUGUUUGAGAUAAAUUUUUCUGUGUAGCAACCAAACGAAGAAAAUAAUUCCUUUUUUUAUCUUCUAGAUCGGCUUUUAAAUACAAAAGCACUGGAUGACUUGAUAUUUUCAAUCAUAUUACAAAAUAUAAAAUAUUCUUAAAAUUUAGGUGAACUUUAACAGUCCUUGAAUGGAAGGAAACAAAACUAGACUAGCAAACUAGAAGAUACAUUGUAUAAACAGUAACUCGGUUUUAAUAGUCCAAACAUCUAAAAGGUAAAUUAUUUUUUGGCUAGAAUUAAGCUAAUUAAGUCAAAUUCUAUAUUUUAAUUACUAAAAGAGAGUGGUAAUAUUGCCAUUUUGUGCCAAGAUUACUAUUUUGGAAUUAAUUUUGGAUCUUAGUUAAAUAAUUUUGAAAGAAAUGGGAGGGAUGCAGUAAAGGUUUCAUCUGAUCUUAAUUGGGCUAAAUCUUGUGAUUUAAUUAAUACACUUUAUUCUAGCCAUAAGAUAAUUUGACUUAGAUAUAUAAGAAUCAUUGAGAAGUGGAGACAAUUUUACUAGUUUCUUCUUAUAUUUAUUCAUUAAAUAACUUCAAUACAGAUACAGACAAUCAGCAACAUAAUGCUUUUGUAUUGAGAAAACAAAAUUUGUUGUAUGUAGUAUAUACUGUAAACCAUAUCUGAUUACAGUAAGCAGUGUCAUCAGAAUUAACAUGUCACAAAACACAAAAAUUUUAUAAUUAUUCCUUAACAUGUCCUUUUAAAGUCAGUCAGAACAAAAUUAGAAUCUCCACUAAUUAUAGUCCCAUUUACUUCUCUUCAUAACCUUAUUGUUAUUAGUUAUAGGUGGAUCUUCAUUAUUACAACAAGCAGAUUCAAACUCUGUUUCUCUUUUUAGAGUAUACAAUGAGAAAACUUUAAAUAAAUUUUUUUUCACCCUUUGAAAACUCUUUAUUCCAUAGAUACUAUAGUCAAAAUAUUUUCUAACAUGAAUGUAACAAAUGCAAAAAUUUCAUAAAUUUCUUUAAUCCCAAACUUUUAUUGAAAAAUAUAAACUCUAACCUCAGUAAUUUUGAAAUAAAAUGAAAUUUAACAAAUACUUGCAGUAACCAUUUAGCUUUAAUUGGCUGGCGUUACUAAUUUCUUAAUGUUUUUCUUGGCAUUCUUAUUUUGAUUAAAAAUAUAUUGAGUUUUCUCAAAAUGCAGGAUGAUGAUGAUGAUCUUGCGGUCGUUAGUUUGCAUGAUCGCCCCUUGUGCAUUUUUGCAAAUGAAAAACUGAAAUUAUCUGGUUUUUAGUAUGGAAAUAUCUAAAAUUAUCCACAAAUACAUAAUAUAAGAAAUUAGAAAAGUCAAUUCUGGCCUCAAAAUGAAAAAAGAAAAUAGACUUUGGCAGAUGUUAUAUUCUAUUAAAAAUACAAAAAGGGCCAUAAACAAUGUUGAUUAAUUUUGUCGAUACAAAAGUGGCCAAUUUGUUUGGAAUAAUAAUUAUUUCAUAUAUUUCUAAAAAAAAAAACAAAAUGAAAGUUAAUAAAGAUUAAGAUAAUUUAAAGGAUUAAAUUAUCUUAAUUAUUAAUAUAUAUUUGGUGUUAAGAUUUCAAAUAAACAAUAUAAAAUAUGGAAGUUUAGUGUUUCUAAUGCUAUUUCACUUAAGUGCAAAAAAAUUAAUAAGUAGUCUCUUCAAUUGCAGGUAUUGUAAUUAGAAUGUAAUGUACUUGACUAAAAAUGAAUGAAAUUAUAUUAUAUUACUCAUUUUAUAAUAGUUAUAUGUUCAAAAAAAUGAAAAAUGUUGAAGAAAUUGAAUGAAUUAACAAUUCAGGACUUGCUCUCACGUUAAUACAAUAAUUAUCCUAAAUUAUAAGAAUACAAAUAUAUUUUAGAAUUAAUAGAUAAGCAGUGAGAAAGAUAAUCUGUUUUACCAUAAAGGGACGAACAUAAAAUACAGAGUUUAUAGUAACUGAUAUAUUUUCCAAAAGUAGC